GAACUCUUUGCAGAGUUUGGGACCUUGAAGAAGGCAGCUGUGCACUAUGACAGAUCUGGCCGCAGUCUAGGGACAGCGGACGUGCAUUUUGAAAGGAAGGCAGACGCUCUGAAAGCGAUGAAGCAGUACAAUGGAGUCCCCUUGGACGGGCGCCCCAUGAACAUCCAGCUGGUCACAUCACAGAUCGACACACAGAGGAGACCAGCACAGAGCCUAAACAGAGGUGGCAUGACCAGAAGCCGCGGUGGUUCAGGAGGAUUUGGUGGUGGAGGAGGCAACAGGCGAGGUACUCGUGGCGGGAACAGGGGGAGAGGCAGAGGAGCUGGAAGAACUUCCAAACAGCAACUCUCCGCAGAAGAACUAGAUGCACAGCUGGAUGCUUACAAUGCCAGG